AUGGCUGAAUUCGUACCAACUUCUAGGGAGCAAAACCAUCCCAUAGCUGAGUUGGGAUGUUCUAUUGAUCAGAUCACUCGACUGACGCCUCCUACUUUUGCAGGGAGUGCAGACCCGAUCCGAGUAGAGAAUUGGUUUCGGGAGAUUGAGAAGAUCUUGGUUGUUCUGUAUUGUAUGAAAGAGCAGAAGGUGGCUUAUGCAACGUUCAAAUUUACUAGAGAAGCUGGGAGGUGGUGGGAAUCGAAGUUUGACAGGGGUUUGAAGAAUGAGAUCCGGAAGCAGACGACUAUACUACAAAUUCAGGACUUUGCUACUAUGGUGGAUAAAGCCACUGUGGUAGAAGAGAGCCCGCAGGAGGAUACAGAGGUACAAUUUUCGAAGAAGAGGCCAGCACCACUCAGUUCUUAUUCAGGUGCAAGGAAAGUCACUUGGAAGAAAUAUGGUGGUGGUGAAGGCCAGCGGCAAAAGAUUGGUGGUGGUAUACCUCAGGGUACCACAUCUUCCUCAGCUUGUCCUACUUGUGGCAAGCGGCAUUCAGGGAAGUGUUUGUGGGGACUAGAUAUUUGCUAUCGGUGUGGUAAGCCAGGACAUAUGAUGCGUGAUUGUGGCAUACUAAGGAGCAAUGCACCCCCACAAUAG